UAGUGUUUGACAAGUGGAUUCCUUGUCGUAGUGUUAAUAAGGUGCAAAAUACUGCAAAUACUUUGAAAAUGGAGAAACGCGCAUUUACGUGUUUUUUUGCUUUGGCAAUUUUUUUUAAGUUCACGUGCUGUUAUGACACGAAGAAAUAUCCGUUGAUCAUGCCAAACGUGAAACAGAACAAAUCCGAAUUGUAUUUAUGCACUUCGAUUAGAGUACGCACUAUAAGAAAUUAUUAUAUUAUUGGUUUUGAGCCAAAUACAACUAUGGCGACUCAUCAUAUGGUUGUCUUCGGUUGCACAAAACCAGGAAGCUCAAAAUUAGUUUGGGAAUGUGAACAAAUGUUGAAUUCUAACAACAAGGCUGAUACUUCAUCACCUUGUGCAAAAGGAGCUCAGGUCAUUUAUGGAUGGGACAAGAAUGCUCCUAAACUCAAUCUACCAGAAGGUGUGGGUUUUAAAAUAGGCGGUUAUUCUCCUAUCCAGUAUAUCGUAUUGCAAGUGCAUUACGCACGCGUUGCAGACUUUAAGGAUGGCACAACAGAUAACUCUGGUGUAUUUCUGCAUUAUACUACGCAAAGAAUGGACAAACUGGCCGGAGUUAUUGCAUUAACAUCAAACAGUUACAUAUCGACUAGAAAAACGAAAUCGACUUGUCUUAUAAGAGAGAGUAAAACAAUUUAUCCAUUCGCAUUUAAAACGCAUACCUAUUCGCACGGAACAAUCGUGUCCGGCUACGUAAUGAAGCCGAAUAACGAUUGGAUCGAACUUGGUAAGAGAGAUCCUCUGAAACCUCAGAUGUUCUUUCCCGUUCCCCACAAAAUUCUAAUAACAUAUGGUGAUACGUUGACUGUUCGUUGUGUAACAAAAAGUACGCAUAAUGGGACUACGUACAUAGGCAACGCAAAUCAAGAUGAAAUGUGUUACUUUUUUCUUAUGUACUACGUCGACAAAGGCUCUCUGCUUAAACUGAAAUUUUGCUUUAGCCCUAGUCCUCCUUUGGAUUAUUGAAAGUAAGAGUUAAGUAAUUUUCCUGACAGAGAGGCAUCUAUUUUAUAAUGUAUCAAAGAGUAUCAUUUGACACAAAAAUAGACCGACUUUAUUCUUUCAAAGAGAAUUAGAUAAAAUUUCAAUACUUGCAGAUUAUUUAAAUGCACUUGAAUCCAAUUCGUCAAUGAAAGGGUCGAUAUUUGAAAACCAUACUGUUCUAGUAUAAUUUAUGACAGUUCUUCUAAUAGUUAAUUAUUUAUUAUUCCUGAUGCUAACUCUUACCAAUUAAAUUUGGUCUAUCGUUAUGCCUUGUGUUUAGGAUUAUGUGUUUAAUUUCUGAACUUGAAUGUGUUAUUUCAGCAAAAUGACUGACUAUUAUUUAUAUUUAAUAUAUAUUUAUUGUACACACAAAUU